GACUAACUCAGCAUGGACCCAAUGUCUUCCCAAACAAGGUCCAACUUGAAAAAGGAUUUUUUCGUGAAAGAAAAUGCUACUGCUCAAGAGUUUCGUCUGUGCUUAUGACUUUGAGAAGCGGGAGAGAUGUUUUAAAGGUUUUCCGUAAGAUAUUCAUGCGUAGUUGGCGUGAAACAGAGAAGAAGGCAGUGCAGGGGAGUGAUCUCACUGUCUGAAGUCAACACUGCAACAAGAGUCCAGCGUCAUGAAACUGAGUCCCCAACAAGCUCCACUCUAUGGAGAGUGUGUGUUGACUGUUCAGCUGGACGAUGAUGACGUGGGAGAGGAGCAGGAAGAGGAGGUGGAGUUCUAUCUUUUAUUCUUGGGAUCCACCCAGAGACAUCUCGCCAGCACACUGCGAGUCAGCCAUGUGACACUGCAGGCUGUGUGUCCAGCCCAUAAUGUGUGUGAGCAGGUCUUGGUGACAUUGUGUUUAGCUCGGCCUGGAGGACCAGUGGACACACACUCACAGGAGAUCUUCUGCUUUGUUCAGGACCUGGCUCUCGACAUGGCCCACUUCCUGCUCAAUAACACAGCUCCACAGGAAGCAUUAUUAUUGGACGAUGAGCAGAUUCCGUUGAAAGAGUGUGAGAGGUUGGAUCAGAGCCUAGCGCUGGCCUUGAAACACCUCACUCUGUGCCACCAAAGGACUUCACCGGGACUGCACACACACUCUAGAGACGCUCUCAUCAACACACUCACACUGACAGAUAUGGACAGACACAUAGACAGCCGAGCAGUGACACACACACGGACACAGACUGACACAGCGACAGACACACAUACACACACAGGCACAGACAGACACAGUACAGAGGCAUGGCUGGACAGCUGCAGUGCUCAGUCUCAGUGCCAGCAGCACUCUAGUCUGCUCCACUUGGCAGCCGGUCAUGGUCUGAGGAAAGUGGCAUCGUUCCUCCUGCAGCAGCCAGGAGGAAGGGAUGCACUGAGGCGCACCAACGCUCAGGGACAAACUCCAGCAUGUCUGGCAAAGACCAGGGGACACCAGCAGCUGUUAGAGCUCUUCACACAAUAUGAGACGUCCUCAGAUAUCCAGGUGGAACCAAAGGAUCAGCUGCACUUUUACCCAGGGGGCCGAGUGUUUCAGCACCACUCAAAUCUUGGUACCUACACCCUAACAUUCUCCAGCCUGAAGCAGAGGGAGGGGGACGCAGGAACAGAGAGCAGUGGAGGCUGUCGUUUACAAGAUGAGGUGGCAGAGCUGAGAAGACUCAUUCAGCUUCACAGAGACAAAAAGGGAAUCUCAGAUCUUGGUGGUACUAUCACACUGAAACAUGCCUCCACAUCCCUCUCCAUCAAUCAUGAGCAGUUCAGCCCUGACUGGGAGCUGCGACCCCGCUCUAACAGCCAACAGGAGAGCGAGGAGGGUGCAGGCCUGGCUGUGGUAACCAUAGAAAACUGUAGCACAAUAACGGAAGAACAGGGAAGUCCCUCAUCAUUGGAGAAGAGACAGCUUGGGGAGGACUCUGCUGUUGUUACUCAGACACCCUGUACCACUGGAACUCUGUGUCAGAGCCAGGAAACUGGUGGAGAACAGAAAGGUACACCAACUGCUAUCUCUCAUGCUGGACGUAGCAGGAAAAACAAAAGGAGAACUACAAAAACUACAAGAUGUGCCACAGAAUCUCCAGGAAAUAACAGAGGCACGCCAGAGGCUGGUAAAGGAACUGCACAGAGACAGCCAAAGACAACAGGAAGUGUAACAGAGGGAACGCAGUCACCGAUAGAACCAGUGGUGGGAUCUGUGAUUGGUGAGGCAAGAGCCACAAAAAAUCUAUGUAGUCCUGGAACAGAGGAGACUCAGUUACCCAUAAACCCAUCUGGACCAGGUGGUGAUGAGAACUGUACUGACAGGAAGGCUGUUGCCUUGCCUACCACCACUGUUGUAGAAAAACAGGAAGGAGAGAAGUGGGAAGUUGAGCUGCUGAUAUCCGACCGAGUGAUAGAGACAGAAACACUGACAGAGACAGAGCAGGGUGACACUGACAGUCGUCUAGUAAAUGAAACUAAUCCUCACUCUGCUUUGGAACCAGCUGCAGGAAGGAAAGUAACCAUGGGCCAGGAACAAUCCCAGGAUCCCCAAGAAAGCCAGCCAGACCUAGGGGACCCGAGUCAACCUGACUCUACACACAAGAGUCCUCAGCCUGGCAGGAGGACUAGCCCCAGGUCCCUGGACACACAAAGAAAACCCCACAGAGUGCUGUGGCGGGAUGGAGGCCAGACUGGGAGCAGAAUGGAAUCACCUCCACACAGACCAGAAAUGGUUGCAAACACUGUAUGGUAUCAGGAUGAAAACUCAGACCAGGGUGCCAAUGAAGACUCAAAUAUAAAGGCGGUGAACUCCCUGUCAGUUUGGUAUGAUGCUGACACAGUGGAUCAGAGAAAGACUGAACAGCUGGAGCAAGGAACAAGAGAGCAGAAAGAAUGCGAUUUAAGCUCGGCCCAAGCUUCUGGUCUUAGCGCUCCACAGCUGUUAGAACAGGGUCUUAGUUCUCGUCAACUGUCUGCAGCUCUUAGUCAGCCACAUGCUGUUGGAACACAGCCAGUACUGUCACAUGGGCCUGGAGCACAAAGACGGGAAGUACACGGAUCACAGCAAGAGGAGGAAGUUGCGGCAGAGUGGAAGGAGCGAGGCAGAGAGAAGGUCAGUAACAGAGAGACAACAUACAUCAGAAAGAGCUCUGAAACAGUAGAGCUUGAAGAGGGAGGAGAGGAGAAGCCGGAGAGUGAGGAGAUUGGAGCAAAGGGCCGAAAAAAAAGGAGGAAGAAGAGGGGGAAGAGAGGAGGCACAGAGGCCAAGCUUAGCUCCAGCUCCAGUAUAGAGUCUCAGAGCCAGAUAGAGGUACAGGCACAGAGAGAACAAGUAACAAAUCUGAAUACUCAGUCAGACACAGCGUCAGAAGCCAAGGAUAUAACAGGAAGGGCAGACGUCCAGUCUCCCAGGACUCCUGAGCCAACCCGGAGAGAGGAAGCUGACAAGGACGCCAUGCAUCUACCCAGCCAGACAGAGGGCCAGACCAGGGGCACUCAUGGACCUGACUGUGUUACAAAUUCAGAAUCCAGUUAUACUACUUCAGGAUUUAGCUCAACAGAGCUUGAACAAACAGAACUGACUGAUGGUCCAGCUUCACGGGAAUUAUCAGAGGAGGACAGCGCAAACCUUCUUGGACCUGAUGACCUUAACCCAGAUUCUAGGGUCACGGCUUCAGAACUGAAUGAAAUGGACAGAAAGACAGAAAUUGUGGAAACCGUGUACCCAAUGAGGACUGAAUUAUUAGACCCUGCAGAAAUUAAAUUAAAGGGUCUUACCAGUCCGGACCAACAAACAAUGGAUAAUGUGGAAUCAAAGGCAUUAUCAGCUGAAAAUGAGGAUUUUACUGUUGCUGGUAAAGCUGUAGCAUCUGUGAACUGGACAGGUUUGGUGAAAUCCAACUGUCCAGAGGAACUUCCUGUCAAACAUUCAGAUCCCACAGAAUUCACAGAGGACUCAUUUCUUGUGGAAUUUCCUGAACAGAAUACACAGCAUGUACAAUCUGUGGACUCCAACAAAGCAGUACAACCUGUGGAUCCCAACGGAAAGCCCACAGAAUGUAUGGAAUCUGAACAACCUACAGAAGCUGUGGGACAAACACACCUUGUGGGAGCUCGGAGUCUGCCAUUUGAAGGCACAGCGGAUGUUUCACCACUUCAAAUACGGGAAGGAAGUGCUGAGACAACUAUGAGGGAAUAUUUAGAGCAUUGUUUUGCCUCAGAGAUGCUGAGAGAUCAGCAGCACAAAAAGGAAAAGAAAAAAGAGUUGUGGGUGGAUGAUGAGGAAGUGGGUAAGGAAAGAAAGAGAAAUGACAACGAGAUGGUGCAUGGAACUGAGUUAUUUUCCAUACAUGAAGGGAAAAAGGUGGAGGGUGAGGAGUUUCCUUCCAUAGACAGAGAGAAGGAACAGCAGAAGUACAAUGAAGACCUGGUCGCCACAGCAGUAGCAGUGGUUACAGUAGCUAUAGCAUCAGCUUUGGCUAGCAUAGAAGUGAACCAACAGUUAGCAGACAAUCAGUCAGAGAUUAAGGAGUCUGCUAGCAAAGCAGCAGCUAAUGAUCCACCAUUACCACUGGAUGCUAAUGCACCAACUGAUAAUGAUAAUACUUUCAACAUUAUUCAAUCCACACAAAUGACUGCACAGCUGAUUAACAAAGACAAAGAUAACUGCCAACUGUUAGCUGACUCACAUACAGCUGAGACUGUGAGCCAACAUUUACUCAUUAAACCUACUGUUAGCUCUGAAGAGCAGGCUAAUACUAGACUGCCCACAGAUUCACAUUCCGUAGAGUUACAGAGUCAAACUGAAACAGAACACCCACAAACACCACAGCUAGGUAGCAAUGAACACGCUAACCCUGACCUGUCAACACUUGCAGAAACUUCUAGUUUACCACAACUUGACAAACAGGAAAUUCAAACAGAAACUAAAAAAAACAAAUUCUUAACAUGUUCGCUAAGUGACCUACCCAAAGAAGACAGUCUAUUGGAAGUUAAUAUAAAAUCUUUGCCAGAAGCUAAUGAGAUGAUUAUAACUGAGGUAGACAGCCGAGGUCAUAUGCUGACAGGAAUCCAGCUGCAACAAAAGAGCCAGCUCCCUUGUCCUGUUAUAGACACAGGACAACAUCCAGAGGCUUCUGCCAUAUCCUGCCUUGAUUCUGAGGAGAAUCCCAAACUAGGAGAGCAUAGCGAGCCACAAGAUCAGUCACUUUGUAGGAAAGAGAGUGAGAUACAAGCAGAGAGUGAGUUAGAGUCACAUUUUGAGGGACAUGAUAAGAAUGAUAGUUACCCUAUAGCAUCUGUAACUGCUGAGAAUGAGGUAGGCGGUCAGGUACAAAGGGACAGUUCAGACAAGUCAAAGGCAGGGCAUAGUGAGAGUGAGAGAUGUGAAAACAGUUUUACAGACAUGCAGGCAAAAAAGUGCAAAAGUAUUCAGCAUCUGGAUGGGCAGGUUCACACACCAUAUGAACGGGAGAUUCCCACUUUGCCGCUUUCAACACUCCCUGUUACCCCUCGAGACUCGGCUCCCGUGGCUGAUUCCAGUUCAGAGGAACUUACUCCCCCCGUGAAUCUGGAAACAGGCAAAUUCCAGUCAUCCCAUUCAUUACUGGACAUGAAGCUUGAUGCAGGCAGUGGCUCGUUCCAGUGCAAAGAUCAUAAGUCUGGUGCUAUGGAUAAUAAGGAUAGCAUGUUCAAAGACCUGGAUAAAGACUCAGACACUCUGGAUACAGUGGAUGGAUGGAAGGAAAGAGAAAGGAAUAACAUGAAAAGGGAUGAGGAAACAAAGAAAGAGAUGGUCACUGCAGCAGACACAUCCCAGACAGAAACAUUCCCAGCAGCAAAAGAAGAGCCUCAACAGACCAGGAACGAUUCAGACAGCAUACACACUCUGCACAUCCAGAGGGAGAGGGAUGUUUUCUACCCUGUUCAUCCCUGCCCUGAACCCAGCACAGUGACAGCAUGUUCAGCUGUCUGUCCAGACAGAGAGGAGUGUGUGUCGGUGUGCUUGUUGCAGAGCAACAGUGAAAGCCUGAAAGUCAGUGCUGACCUGGAUGACAAUGUCUUUAAAAAGCCUGUAGAUCCAGCCCCCCGUGUUGGAGACAGGGGCAGAGGGAUUCGUGUCUCUUGGUCCUCUACAAAUGAUGCAUCGACGCAGGGAGCCUUCAGUCCCAAUGAAGGUGUUUCGUCAGUUGACACUUCUGACACCAUGGCCCCUUGCAGCUCCAGGCAUUCCUGGAAGUCAGAAACAGAGGAGAGAGGAGGCGGAGAGACAGAAGGAGGAGGAGGAGAAGAAGAAGAGAAAAAAGAUAAGCUUCCAGAAAAUCCCGUCUCCUCCGCCAUCUUGCGUGCCUCCAUCCGUUCCUUGUCUCCAUACCGUCGACACAGCUGGGAGCCAGGAAGGAACGCCACUGCGGAUAUGGACGUGGCACAGCGCAGUUCUUUGAAGAGCCUGUCUGGAGAGGUGAAGAGAGCCAAGCCACCCCUUCACAGGAGAAGUAUGAGUUGGUGUCCAUCCAACCUGCUUCAUCCUGAUCAAGAGCAAAUAGACAACAGAAGCUACAGUCUGGAGGGUCUGGUGGUGGAGAGCGAAGCGGUCCAGGCAGCAUGCCCCAGUCUCAGUGAUCAAGAGGAGAGGACCAGCGGGAGGAGUUUACGCCUGGACGGCCAGCAUAGAGGCUCGCUGGUCUCCCUCACUGAGGAGGAACAAGAAGGAGAUGGAAUCCGCAUUGAUAAUCAGACAUCUCGCCAGGUCCUGUCUAUGGCAACCCACUGUCCUGCCAUGUUCCAUCAUCAAACCCUCACCAAAUCCAUCUCAAUGGUUGCCAUCAGUCACCAGGAUGUAGAUGGGGCCAGCUCAUUCUCCAGUAACUCUGGAUCACUUGAAUACAGUAUUUCAGAGGAGGAGCCAGGCCCGCUGCGGAGCGAAACUGAGGGAAAAGGAGGUGCCAAAAUCAGUCGGACAUUUAGCUACCUCCGCAGCAAGAUGAGCAAGAAAGGAAAGGAGAAGGAGAAGGAGAGGAGAGGAGAGAAGGAACGAGAGAGUAAGGAGAGAGAAAAGAAGACUGCAAAUGGUCAUCUCUUCAUCCCAGUCAGUCCCUCUCCUUCCACUGCCUGUCAGCACUGUAUCAAACCUCUACACAAUAAGGACGCCUUCCUCUGCAACAACUGUGGUGUUAAUGUCCAUAAGAGCUGCAGAGAGAGUCUGGCUGUGUGUACAAAGAGCAAAACAAAGCAGCAGUCAUUGGUGCCAGAAGCUGUUCCUGGAUCAGCUGUCAACAUGAGGAGUAAAUCUACAUCUUCAGCAUCUUCUUUUUCAUCAACGUCAUCCUCCUCAUCACGGGAGCGUUGGUCCACAGUAACUACCCCUGAUGACCAGCUUCCUGUAGUAUUUUCACGGAGACACCCAAGCAUCUUCAACUCACACAGCAACCUGGCCAAGAGCAUCUCCACCAGCAACAUAGCAGGUUUAGAUGACGUCCCGCUGAAAGGUCUGAAGUCUCUGUCCCAGUCCACUGACUCUCUUCAUCAGGGGAGCAAAGUCAAUGCCUCAACUGAGUCACUCACUGAUGAAGGUACAGAGAUGAUGGACAGUCAGCUGAUGGGCGAGUUUGAGUGUGACAUCAAAGAUUUGGAAGCUGAUUCUUGGAGUGGUACAGUGGAUAAGAAGUUCCUGAAAACUCUGAAGAAAGAUGAAAUCAAGAGACAAGACGUCAUCUAUGAAAUGUACCAGACGGAGUUCCACCAUGUGAGGACACUGAAGAUAAUGUCUGAAGUUUAUUAUAAAGGCAUUCAGAAAGAGCUGCAACUGGACACUCACACUCUGGACAAGAUUUUCCCAGUUUUGGAUGACCUGUUGCACACACACACACGUUUCCUCACCCUGCUGCUUGAGCAAAAGAGAGCUUCGUCAGCUGAGGGACAGAACAAUAACAGCUUCCUCAUCUGCAGCAUUGGUGAAGUCCUGGUCAAUCAGUUUUCAGGCUGCAGCGCUGAUCGUAUGAAGAAAGUUUAUGGGAAGUUCUGCAGUCGCCACAAUGAAGCUGUCAAUCUCUACAAAGACUUGCAUGCUAAAGAUAAACGCUUCCAGGCUUUCAUCAAGAGGAUAAUGAGCAGCAGUAUUGUGCGAAGGCUCAGUAUUCCAGAGUGCAUUUUAUUGGUCACCCAGAGGAUCACCAAAUAUCCUGUUCUCAUUCAGAGGAUACUCCAGCACACCAAAGAUACAGAUGAAGACCACAGCUGUGUUUCAGAAGCAUUGCGGUGUGUGAAGGAGCUGAUCACUGCUGUGGACAGCAAAGUCAACGAGCAGGAGAAGAAGCGAAGACUGAGGGAGGUCUACAGUCGCACUGACAGUAAGUCCAUCAUGAGGAUGAAGAGUGGUCAGAUGUUUGCUAAAGAGGACUUGAUCAGAGGGAGGAAGCUGCUGCAUGACGGAGCACUGCAACUGAAAAACUCAGCCGGACGACUCAAAGAUGUCCAUGCCAUGCUCCUGUCUGAUGUGUUGGUCUUUCUUCAGGAAAAAGACCAGAAAUAUGUCUUUGCUUCAUUGGAUCAACGCUCUACAGUCAUCUCUCUACAGAAUCUGAUUGUCAGAGAAGUUGCUAAUGAGGAACGAGGUCUGUUUUUAAUCACAGCUGGUAUAGAGAGACCAGAAAUGGUGGAGGUAUUGGCUAGUAGCAAGGAGGAGCGCAUCACAUGGAGGGCCAUUAUACAGGACGCCAUGCACUGCAUGGAGAAAGAUGAGGAUGAGGGCGUUCCCAGUGAGACAGAGGAGGACAGGAGGCAGCAGGAGAACAGAGCAAAGGAGAUCCGAGAGCUUUUACGAAGAAAAGACGAACAGAUCAUCUCCUUAUUGGAGGAGAAGGUCCACAUCUUCAGAGACCUGGGUGACUGUAAUCCUGUCCCCGAUGAUAUAAACCCACAAGUCAGGGAACGCAUGUUAUUCAGGGCCACACCUGAUGAUGUCACAAAGGGGGAGCCAAUCAUAAAGGAUGCCCUGAGGGAAGUGGAGACCCUGCAUGCUUUAUUAAACAGUGGUGUCGGUGGAGCAGGCUGCAGUGUUCCAGUUGGCCUGACAGGGGGCAGUGUGGGAUCGGUUUGUCUGCCUAGGAGAGCUGAGACUUUUGGAGGCUUCGACAGUCAUCAGAUGAACAGCAGCAAAAAUGGAGAGAAGGAAGAGGGCGAUGAAUCACUGGACCUCCGCAGGACUGAGUCAGACAGUGUGUUGAAGAAGGGAGCCACUGCCAGCCUACAGAUGUUGGUCAAGAGAAACAAUGAGCAGGUCCAGCACAGUGUGACACAUCUUCAUGACCUGCUGAUUUCACUGCAGGCUGUGGUGCUCCAGCAGGACUCAUUCAUCGAGGACCAGCGGCAGGCCAUGAAUGAGCGGCUCACCACCAACUCCUCAAGACACUCUUCUUCCUCCUCGCUCUCAUCCUCUUCCUCCUCCCGCCCCUCCUCCCUCAUUGAGCAGGAGAAACACAGGAGUCUGGAGAGACAGCGACAGGAGGCCGCCAGCCUGCAGAAACAGCAGGCUGCACAUCAGGAAGAAAAGAAGAGGAGAGAGAAGGAAUGGGAGUUGAAGGAAAAAAGUCUGGCAGAACGGGAGGAGAGGCUGCAGGAGGAAGAGGAGGAGACCGGGAGGAGGCGUCAGGAGCUGGCAGAGGAGAAAGAGACACUGCAGAGGAAGAAAGACGAGUACCAGAGAGACCUAGAGAGGCUAAAGGAAGCCCAGAGGAGGCUGGAGAGAGACAAGGAGGCCCUGAGGAGAGACACUGAGAGACUGGAGGCCAUGAGGAGAAAUGAGUCGGAGCAGUUUCCGAGGUACCAGCGGACUCCCUCCACCACCUCCGAAGACUCAAUAAGGUUCCAGAGCUCCGGGUCCCUGGAUCUGGAUUCCAAAGAAGCAGCAGAACAGUCAAAAGAGGUUGAGCUCUCAUCCUCUGCCCCGGUCAAAGAACCUUUCCUCCGUAUUGGAUCCAAGAAGAUGGGCAAAAACUUCAACCCCUUCUCCUCGUCCUCCUCCUCCUCCUCCAAGACUCAGGGGGCCGAGAAGGAGUCCCAGCUCCCCACCAGACUGCUCCAGCUGGCCAAACCUAAGGAGAAGAAAGACAAAAAGAAGAAGAAGGGGAAAGGAGGAGAGCAGACACAAACAGAAAGCAAAGUGAAAGUGAUGUCGGAUCCUCAGAAUGAUGGAGACAUCUUCUUCUGCUGAAGACCUGGACAGUGGACACAUGAACUUUUAAUCUCCGUAAGGAAUCAGACAGCUGGCCAGUGCAGCAGACACGACCCUUAGUGUUCCUGAACUCUCUCUUUGGAUAUAAAAUUCCCAAGCUCUCUUUGCUGAUGGUUUGGUCUGUGGACACUGUGUCCCAUCCUUCCUGUCAGACAGCUGCUCUCUAACCUGUUCUCAGAGUGACAGACUGAAUUACUGGGAAACAGAAGUAAUGACCUCGUCCUGGAGACACCAGGUGAAUUUAUGCUAAGGAGAUGAUUCAGUCAGGAGGAUUUUACUCGACAAAUGUGCCAAUAACCCUUGCAACCUGCGAUCAGAUUGAGAUGCGACGGAUAGCUAAGGAGGAUCAAACGGGGAAAGACUAUCACAUGGUUCUUUAAGGCAAAUCUCUUUAAGACUUUGAAACUGUAGCAAACCUUAGCUUUAACACAAACCAAUAAUAACUGCCCUGUCUUUGAAGUAUUUUUAAUGCUAACUUUGAAUGCUUGUGGUGCUGGCGACUCCUGAGAAUCAGUGAACAAUCUGGGUCCUAGGCUGAACAAGUUGAGGAACUAUUAAUCACAUGUGUGAUAUGUCCCUACAUUUGCUUCAUCUCCAAAUCUUAUCUGUCAAGCUGACAAACAACAUAAGAGUGAUUAACAAAUGCCACUGUUCACGCUGUGUGCAGAGUUCACAGUGUGUGGUCAGUGUGUGCAACAGGCCAUAGACACGAUCAAUCAAUGAUUCAUCAGUCACCAGAGAGAGAUGGGUGAAACUAGACAAACAGGCUUGUCUCGUGGUCUACUGAUGAGUGGUUAAGACAGAAACAAGAGUGGGAAUGAUCACCAAAGACUUUGUGGUUUUAGUGCCUUAAGUAUCUGUCUGUUGAAUGUAAUGACAGUGGAAUGAAGUGCAUGCUCAAAGCAGAUAUUUUUAAUACCGCUGUUGUCAAAUAAUCACCUCCAGUCUCAAGAAGUUCAUAGUUUUUAUUAGGUGACCAUCUCCUUUAGUCCUGAAAUGUACAUGUCAGUAUCUACAACAUACUCUAUCAGCUCAGUAUCAGUGCAUCCCUGAUCACCCUCAAUCAUGAUUCAGUGUGAAACUCACAGCAGUUCAACUGUCACUGCAGGAUCAGGAAUAGUCAUUAUUUAAUAUGCACUUUAUAUACUUGAGAAGAGUACUGAUGUAUUUUAAGCAUCUGUCAUUUCCUAAUAAUUUUAUUUUAAUUUUGUUUCAGUAAGUUUUAAGAAUUUUUAUCUCGUGCACACAAGUUAUUAUCUUGUGCUUGAAAUGUAUAUCAUCUCACAGGGUGAGUGGUCCACGUGUGCAACAGGCCAUAGACACGAUCAAUCAAUGAUUCAUCAGUCACCAGAGAGAGAUGGAUGAAACUAGACAAACAGGCUUGUCUCGUGGUCUACUGAUGAGUGGUUAAGACAGAAACAGAGUGGGAAUGAUCACCAAAGACUUUGUGGUUUUAGUGCCUUAAGUAUCUGUCUGUUGAAUGUAAUGACAGUGGAAUGAAGUGCAUGCUCAAAGCAGAUAUUUUUAAUACCGCUGUUGUCAAAUAAUCACCUCCAGUCUCAAGUUCAUAGUUUUUAUUAGGUGACCAUCUCCUUUAGUCCUGAAAUGUACCCGUGAAAUGUUUGCCUAUAGAUACAUUUCACAAAUUUUAACAUAUCUGCAUGUUAUCUAAUUGAAAUUAAUGAAUUGGAAGGUAAUAAUUAGGAUCAAAUUACACUUUCUAGGAAAAGUCCCAAUAAAUUACUAUUAAAUUAUUUUGAAAUGACAGAACUAAGAUGAAGCAUUCCCCAUGAGAACAGUAGUACUUUGUAGUAGAGUUGGGUGAAAAUCCAAUAUUAUUUAAUGUAGACUUUUACACUGAGAUGAUAUGAUCAUAUGUUGUUGUUUUACAAUAUUCUGUUGUUCAAACAAAUUUUAACCAAAAACUAACAAAGAGCUUUCUCUGAUGGCAUGCAGAACAGUGGAACACAGUUGACUGCACUGACACUUAAUUCUUGACCUUGGAAAGAUCAAUUGACAAAACAGUCUCACCUCAAACUGCAUGUAGAAUCUACUCUGGAGCUUUUGACCACAUCACAUGGUCCUCAUGGGCAGAUUGAGUUUGCUCAGUUGCCAUGGAACUGUAAAUGUCCAAAGUUGUCAUGAUUGUGAGCAGCACUGGGAUUUAACAUCCAUGCUGACUUCAAUCAUUUGGACUAUUUUGCAAGUAGUUUUGCAAACAUUUGCCUUUUUUGUAAUAAAUGUCAAUAUUGGGAAUGUUUUUAAGCCAUAUUGCCCAGCCCUAAUUUGUAGAGAGUCGUCUACAGUGACGGUAUUGACGUCAGAGAGACAAUCAAUGAGUUUACACUGAAAAUCAACUUCGUAAACAGCUCAUGUUAAAAAAAAAUCUUGUUGUGUUUAUAAAGGGCUAUAGACAUUUAUAUAUAGACUGAAACUGCCAGUCACUGACUAUUAGUAAUAGUGUAAAUUCUCAUGUAGUGGCUGGAGACCACUCAGGAGAGCACCAGGACUUUAUUUCUCAUUUCUCCCAUCAGUACAGUCAUAUUUUAGUUGCGUAUCCUUUGAUCUGUUCCUUUUUACCAUAUUUGCUCUUGCUCAGCACUUCCUCCAUCUUUUUCAUAUUAAAGUCCUUCCAGCAGUCCAGGGAGCAUUAUCGCUUCCUUUUCCCCUAAGGACUUUUAUUGUGAAACAAAGCAGAAUCAGUUGAAGUGAAUUGAUCUGACUGAGAACAGUACUACUGUUAAAAAGAGAAAGUGAGUCACAGAGUGCUGAGGAUAACUAUGUUGACCUGAUGGAGUAAUGCUGUGGAAAUUAACAAUAUAUUGAAUUUACCAUCUGUGCCAGUACAUUAUAUUUACUGCUUAUUUAAUUUUUUCCCAUGACUAUUAUGUCAGAUCCAGGCAAUUUGACUACUGAGAAUUUACAGUAUUUACCAAAGCCAGGUUGAAUAUAGAGUCACAUUAAUUGAAUACAGUAUGAAGUGAACUCAGGAUUUAUAGAGUAAUAGUUUUUAAUUUUAGACAAGCUCCAACAGAUUACUGUUUGUAAUUUUAUUGUAAAGACAAUUCAUACAUGCAUUGGAUCAUGAGUGAAAUGAUGAUAAAAAUGUUGGUACUACUUAAAAAUUGUUUUUCUUACAAGAACCUCUCAGAUGUUACUUGAAAUCCCUUUGUGCCUCAGCUUUUAUGAUGCAUUUUACUUUAGCUGAAAGGACAAAUCAAAUACAACCAAAAAAAUUCAAGGAGCAAAAGGAAACAAUUUGUUUAGUAUCCAGCCCUUGCUCAAAAUCUCUCUCCUUAAUCCAAGUAUUGUUUGUCUUUCCUUGCAGUCCUUCCCUUUCCACCCCCUGCUAAUAUUGAUAACACACCAACACACAGUGGCUGCCUUGAGGGUCAUAUUCCUCCCCCAUCCAUCCAGAAUAAUAACUCAUAGCCUUAGAUUUGUACCACAUUGAUUUUCUCCUCCUUUUCUCUGCCGGGGUCCCUGCAGUGAACUGAUAGGAGGCUGCAGUCUGAAGAAUAAUAUUUCAGCAUACAGUGUCAUUUCCUACCUUUCUGCUAAGAGGAGCAGAUUUAUACCAAAACUGAAAGCAAAAAAACACAGACUCAGGUUCCUUUGGAGACAUAUUAAUAAUCCUUGCAUAUUCAAAUCAAAAGUGAUAUAUUUUGUCAGUAUCACACAGCAUUAAUAGCACAUAAAUGGGAGAAAUAUGUUUAAAUACAUUAGUUGUGCCUUAAAGCUCCACUGUAAUUAAAUUGCAUGUUUUCUGCUACAGCCUACAGAUCUGGGGUCUCAUUUAGAACCAUUGCGUACGCUCAAAAUGAGACCGAAAGAGGCGUACACCACUUCCCACACAAAUGUUGUGAUCUAUAAAAACAUACUUGACAGGAGAGUGGAGACAGGGGAAGUUGGCAACGCAGAUGGUGAGGUGGUGAAUUGAAGCCAGAUUGUUUAAUGAUCUUCACAUAUUUAAUUUCACUUCAUAUCACAUGUUAAUUAUAGAUCCACUUUAUCUUAAACAUUCAAGCCAGCAGUGUUAUUUGUGCUUCUGCUAGUUAGCCAUAGCUAGACCAUAAGCACCUUUCAAUUUUAAAAGAUAUAAUACUGGUACAUCUUCACCACCUGCACUCAUAUAUGAACUGUGUAAAUUAAAGAAACACCUGGAUUUUGGAGUAAAUAUAAAUGAAUACAGUGUUUAUUGUAUUUUAGAUAUUAAGUGUGUGGUGUAAAAACUACUUAAAGCUGGUUAACUGGGAACUGGCCUGCUGCAGUGUUCUGUAAGAACUUAACCAGAGAUGUCUGACUUUACGUUCCACAGGAAUGUUUAUUGAAGUUGUAUGUGGUUGUUUUGGGUUAUACACAUAACUUCAGCAAGUCAGAAAACUUGCCUGAUACGCUGACUCUCUGAUUGGUCAGGCGUCUCAAGCGAGAAACUGAUUGGUCCGGCAAAAGGAACACAUGCAAAUCACUAUUCAUGAAGGGUUUUGCGUUGACCAUUUAUGGUUGAAUGAGGGCAUGUAGAGGGCUGGGUAUGAGGCUGAUUCAUGUGCACAAAUUUUAGUUGGACUAUGAUUUAUAAAGGGAACAUUGCCUGCAGGUGUGCGUACGCACGGUUUUAUAAAUCAGGAGUUUUUUGUUUAGUAUUUUGGUGCACACCAUUUUUGGCUUUUGUGAGCACGUACACUUUUAGUCUGGAUCCUACGCACUGUUUUAUAAAUGAGACCCCUGCUCUCUAAAUAAGAUUUCCUGUGCUCUCUUUAAAAAAGAGGAGAAAUUUUUAUUUUCUUUUUUCAUCCCAUCUGUACAUUACCUAGUCAGAGUCUACAAAGACACUGAACAUCAUUUUAAACUGUAUUUGCAUAAAGUUUUCAUUGUUCUGUCAUAGGCUGACAGAGGCCAUGACCAACAGCAAAAACACAGACUGAGACAACACAAAAAGAACAACAACAACCCAGUUUGGCUCUCCAGUAAUGCCUCCCUCUGGGAUAAGUGCACUGCUAACAUCAGUUUGCUAGAUACUCAUUAAUGUCAGCAUCAUUCAUUUUAGACGUUGGUGUGGUCAACACCACCGCUAACCAAGUUUUUUACUUAGCUGUCAAUUAAACACACACUGGCCUGCCCACUCAGAGCCUUAAAGGUUAAAUGAGCCUUUCUCAUGAUAAAAAAAAUGUUAACAAUAGAUGUAAAAAUCACUGACAUGAAAAAUACUGAUUUGCAUUUGACUUGAAUACAGAUUCAGCCUUCCAAGUAUGAGUGGUAGAUGAGAUGUUGUGAAAUGGUUUAGAACACAUGCCUACCAAAUGUAAGGGGAAAAAAUAAUAUUUUAGAUUAAAAACCUUAUUAAUUUAUGACUGAUCUUGUCUUUGAUGUUAUUAAUCAGGAUGUGCCACAAGCAUUUUUCAUGAAAUUUUUUCUAAUUGUGAACUUCAUAAGUUUUUUUUCAUCAAUUGGGAAUUUAUUUUGAAAUUCAUAUAGAUACAUGUUUAUCUCAUAUGGUGUGAUGCUAUUUGUAUAUUAAACAACCAGAGAGAGGUGCACCUGUCUGAAACUUAAAGAUUAACAAGCACAUAGUCCAAAUGUAUUCACCUUCAUAAGACGCAAGACCAGGGUGUUCUUUAAUUACAAAAAGCCAUCAUAAGACUGUUCUACAUUUCAAGCCAAACACACAAAUAAUCAACUCUUUCUUUCUGUAAAUCUCAGCAGUACUCCUUUCCCAUUUUCCACCACCACAUGGCUUUCUGCAGAAUCUUGCUGGGAAGUGGAAGAUUUCUUUAAAUACAAAUUUACACUUAUCAUCCAUCCCCAUCUCUGAUCCAGACAACCCCCCAAAGUGAUGUCUUUUAGUGUGUGUCAGUGUCCUUGAGUGGAUUGUAAUUGCAAUCAGUAGAAAUUACUCCACUUAAAGAAUACAUUAGCAGGGCCAUUCUGCAUUGUUUUCUUCCCUCGUACAAUUUUACAGUUUCAUUUUACAGAAUCAGAAACCAAAAUCUUCCACUUACAGAUCCCCGAAAGAAAAUAAGCUAAAUCACAAAAACUGUUUUUGACCUUUGACUUCAGUGGUUUGACCAGGAAGUGAAACCUGAUAAUCUUGAGUUUUGCUGAGGGUUGUGGCAGCUGGGAGGUCCAGCUCUUCUCUUCUUCACUCAGCAUGGGCUAGAACAUUACUAAACGAUUCAUAGCGAAUUUUAAAAAUUCAUAUUAGACCUUACAGUUUUUGCACUGUAUGUCAGACUUUUUGAACUUAAUUUGUACUAAAAACAGAAGGUACAAAAUUAAUUAUUCUCAUUUUAUGUACAAAGAAAAAAAGGGCAAAGCAACAAAUUUUGUAAAUAUGUUUUAUGUACAAAUUUGAACUUCCAAAGUAUUGAUGACUGUGCAUUUUGUUUAAUUGGAUGAUUGUUUUUUUUAAUAAAUAAUAAAGCUUUAUUUAUCUUGCUGUUUGUCAA